AUGUAGAAUUAGGACAAAUAAAAAGUUAUUGAAACUGGUACAAGCAAAGUAGCAGCAAGAUUCCCAUUUACGUAAUGAAGUUCUUCUCAAAAAAAGAGUGUUUUUAGAAUAAGGAAUAGAAUACUAUUAUUGUACAUGUGGUCUUGGUUCUACUCAACCAUUCUGUGAUGGAUAGUGUGAAGGAACAGGGUUUGAGCCAGUCAAAAUAAUACCUAAAAGAAGUGGAAAGUAAUUUUAGAUAAUUAAAUCUAUCAAGUGCUUUACUCUGUGGUUGUAAGAGAUAAUUUGAUCCUAAAAAUCCAAACUGUGAUGGGAGUCAUUCAGUAGUUAAUUUAGAUUGGUGA